AUGCACUUCAGUAAAGAGCCUAUCCCCUACGAAUACGGCUUUCAAGACAAGUUCAAGAGUAUACACUGUUGCGUCAAAGGAUACAGAAGUAUCGAAUGGUUUAAAGAUGGAGUGGCAUACCCGUGGUCUGCUGGGGUGUCCAACCUUAUCCUAUACCCAGAGGCUGCGAAUCAAACACUGUAUACAAGGCGCGCAGCACGUGCCGACUCUGGCAACUACACUUGCAGACUCAGCAAUGAAACUCAUAGCGAAACGCACACUGUUAGACUUGAUAUUUUAGAAAAACCAACGGAUGCGCCGAAAACAAUGUUCAUCUCGAAGGACCAGUGGGUGGAGGAAGGGAGCGAGCUGCGCCUCUUCUGCGAAGCGUUGAUUGGUCGAUCUUAUUUAGCGGAUGCAACAAGCGACCUUCGAUGGCGGAAAGUGUGGCCUAACAACACAGAGGGUGACCUUUUAUCCACACAAACCGAGAUCAAGACUACAAGGGAUGAUGUAGAUGAUAUAAUCGGUUCAUAUUUGAGCAUAAAGCGAGUGUCGGCGCAGGACUACGGCACGUACGUGUGCGUCGUGCACAGCAACGACGUGGUGUCCAGGAACUACGUCACCCUACAUUAUAAAUAUAACGGGUUGUCGCACACGUCGUCGUGGUGCGGCGGCGGGACGGUGCCGUGGCGCGCGCUGGCGCUGGGCGGCGCGGCGGGCGCGCUGCUGCUGCUGUCGCUGGCGGCCGCGCACCGCCGCUGCACGCCGCGCCUGCUGCUGGCCGCGCGCCACGCCCGCGCGCGCGCCGCCACCGCCGCGCACAGGGCUAGAGUGCUAGAGAAAGAGUUCGACGUGCUGGUGUGCUGCACGGCGGUGGACGGCGAGCUGGUGCGCGGCGCGCUGCUGCCCACGCUUGCGCUCAAGUACAAGUACCGCGUGCACGCCGCCACGCUCUCCACGCAGCCCGACAAUUGGUACAGCGAGGUGGUGGGCGAGGCGGCGCGCUGCCGCUCGCUGGUGGCGGUGCUGUCGCCGGCGCAGUACGCGCCGCCGCAGCUGCUGACGGCGCUGCGCCAGCUGCGCGCGCUGCCCGUGCCGCCCGUCGUCGUGCUGCUGCAGGACCUACCGAAGCUGAAGCGCGAGGCGAAGGAGUCGGGCGAGAGCCUGGUGGCGGUGCUGCGGCGCACGCGGCUGGUGGCGUGGCGCCACGUGCACGAGCGCGCCUUCUGGACCGCGCUGCGCCUGGCGCUGCCGCUGCCGCCCGCGCCGCCGCCGGGGAAGGACCCGCGGGAGGAAAUAUUGAGCACGAUCGAGACGGAAAACAGCAAAAACUCUCGUUCAGGGAGUCUGACGGCGCUGGUG